GAAUCGCCGGGUACCGCGGCUAACGCUGCGCUCGCAACGUUCGGGCGCUCUUUUUAAAAGUUAUUAAGGAACCGUCGUCUAACCCCCUCCCGCCCACGCUGCAUAUACAAAGGGUGGUGGACGGCCCAACGGCGGACGAUUUCGAGAUGCAUCUUUGAAGCUUUCUUGAAAAUAAUGACGACGAAGAAGUUCUGAAGAAAAUUCUCUUAAUCACUACUGAAUUGAAAAGAUGAAAUUAUACAGAACCUAAAUAUUUAUUCGAGUACGAUGUACGGAACAUAAGUCAUUACUAAGAUAUCAAUGUAUGUAAAAUCCAAGAUGACGGAUUCAUCACGAAGAACGAGAGCAGUUUCAUUGGAGACCGGGGGACUUCCACUAGUGUCAACCUUUGCCCUGCUCACAAUAGUAGCUGGACAACUGCAGGGGUCUGGUUACAGUGAACAAGAGCCAGAGUUUCUUUCACCGCUCGAGAAUUUAACAGUUGCCCAGGGCAGAGAUGUUCACUUUACGUGUACCGUCAACCAUCUAAGCAGUUAUAAGGUGGCCUGGAUAAAAUCUGAUACGAAAACGAUUCUCGCAAUCCACACACAUAUGGUGACAUUGAACCCGCGCUUGUCUGUCACUCACAACGGUCACAACACAUGGAAGCUGUACAUAAGCAACGUCGAGCCCAAGGAUUCCGGCACGUACAUGUGUCAGAUCAACACAGAUCCGAUGAUGAGUCAGAUGGGUCACUUGUCUGUGGUGAUACCGCCAGACAUCGCGGACGACGACGGUUCCGCGGCCAGUGCUCCAGAGGGCGGUAGUGUGGCAUUACGAUGCACCGCCACUGGAGUGCCUGACCCCACCGUCUCGUGGAAAAGGAACGAAGGUCGGAACAUCGUAUUCCGCGAUGAAGAUGGCAAAGAAAACAAAGUGGUAUACAGCUACGUUGGGUCUACGCUAGUGCUUAAGGGUCUACGUCGAGAGGAUAUGGGCACGUAUUUAUGCAUCGCCGCUAAUGGUAUUCCUCCAACUAAAAGUCGACGAUACGAAGUUACAGUUCUAUUUCCGCCUGUGAUCCGUGUGGCCAGUCCCGUGGUGCUGCGAGCAACGGAUAUGCAAGUCACAUUGCAAUGCUAUGUAGAGGCUUCGCCCAGGGCACUCACGACAUGGCAGAAAGGAAAAUCACAAUCUGGUGGAAAGUUACUUAAUAGCUCUAAAUAUAUAAUAUCCGAGGAAGUCGUCAGUGAAUACGGAAUACGAACGAACUUGACCAUUACGCGCCUAAAGAAGAUGGACUUCGGUGAAUACACGUGUGCAGCGAUCAAUGGAUAUGGAAAAGUGGAGGGCACGAUAAAUCUAAAAGAAACACCGCAGAAGACUACAACUACUACAACCACCACAACAACAACAACUACAACGACCACACCUCGUCCUACCACAACAACCACGACACGACCACCGAAGAAACAUCUCAAGAAGCAACCUGAUCGCACCAAUCACAACGCUUUAGAUGCUGACCUACGUCAAGCCGAGCUCAACAAUGCCCUCAACUUUUACAACAUAAAUACAUAUGGGGCUAACAAUUCACAUAAUGAAUACGCACAGCGUCCGGAGAGACAAAAAGUUCGACCCUCCGGCCCACCACGUCACUUCGUUGUCUACAACAGAAGCCCUUUCUCUACACCCCCUCUUAUAAUCUUCAUUACCUACUGGGCAGUUCACGUUGUUAUAUAAAUAAUAUAAUACAUCGUGAUGUAGCAGUUUAGGUAGUGAUAUAAA